AUGGGAAAUGCCUGCCCACAAAGGCGGCGAGACGUGGAGGACAUCCGAAGGAUCUCCCUGCAAGAGGUUCGCUCUCGUGGCUGGGUGAUCAUCUUUGGCAAGGUCUACAACUUGAGCGAAUAUGUUGAGAGGCAUCCCGGAGGAGCAGACCUCCUGCUAGGUGUGGCUGGCCGAGAUGCGACUGUGGAGUUUGAGACCAUGCGCCAUUCAAGCGCAGCCCUUCUGCAGAUGGAAAAGCUUUUCGUUGGAAUCUGCGAUUCUGCAAAAACCAGUGAGUCCAGCGAGCCUGCAAAGCCGCUGCAGCUCACCGGGGGACGCCAGAGCAGCCGACUAAAGAUCAACCAAGUUGACUCUUGGUGGAAUGUCGAAGAGUGUGGCUUCCUUCCAUGUGCUGAUCCAGUCAAGGAGCUUCCAGCUCCAUGGGACCGACUGGUGAAGCUCUCGGAAGUGCUGCCGUCGCUGACAGUUCAUGGCAAGUUCCGCACAGCUGCGGAAAGAGAGCUCAGCUGCGCGCUCCCCCGGAAUCGUGCAGAGAUCAAGGAGGCCUUAGACGUCCUCUCUGAAGGUGAGGCAGAGAGCCUCCACUCGCUGCUAGGAUACAUUUGCCUCGCCUACCUCCAUGGCCCACCGGACGUGUACGAGAAGGGCCAGACCGUGAAGCUGGAUAUUCUGGGUCGCCGGCCAGACUUGGACCACUUGCCCGCAUGGUUGUCGAUGCCAUGGAUCUGCGUCAGUGAGAGACUCGAGAGACGCCCUAUGCUUGACUAUGCCGGCUGCGUGCUGAACAACUGGGAGCGUCUGGACCCUGCAGGUCCCAUCAAGCCCUCCAACUUGCGGCUGCUCCGUCGCUUCACGGGGUUGGUCGAUGAGGAGUGGUUCUUCAAGACUCACAUCAUUAUUGAGUCCGAGGGCGGCCACGUCAUCAGCAGCUUGGAGGCCAUCUCCUGUGCGAUGAAGGACGAGAAUAUCCAUAACUUGUUGCAAGAGCUGCACACCCUGGAGGAGGCCUUGUGGAGGCUCGCCUCUGUGUGCUUGCCUAUCAUGUUCACGCGCUCACCCUCGGACCACUCCUUGAUGUGUGAGCCGUUCCUCUUCUUCUUUCGCUUGCGACCGUAUAUCAAGUCGAUCGAUGUCACGAUGGACGUUGAUGAUGGCAAGGAAGCGUUCACGUUGAAUGGACCUUCCGGAGCCAUGAGCACCAUUCUGCCGGCGGUGGAUGCCUUGCUGGGAAUUAAGAACACAUCCGCAGAGCUUCGCGAAGCCGUGAAAGCCUUCGAGGCGUACGUCCCCAAGGAGCACCGUCAAUUCUUGGAUCGGCUCCGGAACGCACCGCAGAGCGUCAAGCGAUUCGUCGAGUCCCGCAAGAGCACCGUGGAGGAAAAGACUUGGUAUGCUUUGGCAGGUGCCUUCAACGCAUGCAUUUCGCGAGUGCUUGACUUCCGAUGGAG